AUGCCUACCAUCAGCGUUGAUAAAGCUAAGCUCUAUGAAGCUCUUGGCCAAGAGUACACCACAGAGGAGUUUGAAGAGUUAUGUUUCGAGUUUGGAAUUGAGUUGGACGAGGACACAUCAAAUUCGGAACGACCAAUAGUCAACGGAAAGCAAGAACCUGCACAACUCAAAAUCGAAAUCCCCGCGAAUCGAUAUGACAUGCUCUGCUUCGAAGGUAUAGCUCUCAUGUUAAAUGUCUUCAGAGAGAAGACACCCUUCCCAAAUUAUAGAUUGGUCAAGCCUGAGAGUGGAAAUUUGGAGACUUUGACGGUUCACCAAGAUACUAUGAAAGUACGACCAUAUGUCUCGGCAUCAAUUCUGCGAAAUGUUACCUUCACUCAAGAUGGCUAUGACUCCUUCAUUUCGCUGCAAGACAAACUUCACCAGAAUCUUGCUCGGCAGCGCACCUUAGUUGCGAUUGGUACACAUGAUAUGGAUACUGUUAAAGGACCUUUCACCUAUGAAGCACUUUCCCCGAAAGAUAUUGUCUUCACGCCUUUGAACCAAAGCAAGGAGAUGAACGCGGAGGAACUAAUGCAAUUUUAUGAGACUGAUAAACACUUGGGGAAAUACCUACACAUUAUUCGAGAUAAACCAGUAUAUCCAGUUAUUUACGACUCAAAUCGCACUGUCAUGUCUAUGCCUCCAAUUAUCAACGGAGAUCAUUCUAAGAUCACUUUGAAUACCAAGAAUGUCUUUAUUGAGAUGACCGGUACGGACCGCACAAAGUUAGAAAUAGUAAACAACAUUAUCGUUUCUAUGUUCUCGCAAUACUGCGCGGAACCAUUCACAAUCGAGCCUGUGGAGAUUAUCUCGGAGCACAACCAGGAAACACGACAAACUCCUAAUCUCAGCCCCCGAGAGACCGAAGCGGAAGUCGACUAUAUCAAUAACUGCUGCGGCCUCUCAGAAACCCCGGAAAAGAUCUGCGAGCUUCUCAAGAAGAUGUGUUUGUCCGCGAAACCGUCCUCAAAGGACAAGAAUUUACUAGAUGUCUCGAUACCACCCACCCGAGCCGAUGUUCUUCACCAAUGCGACAUCAUGGAAGACGUAGCUAUUGCUUAUGGCUUCAACAACCUUCCGCGCACAUCUCCCAACAAAGCCUCCACAAUUGCUCAACCCCUCCCAAUCAACAAACUUGGCGAUAUCGUCAGAACCGAAACCGCCAUGGCAGGCUGGAGCGAAGUCAUGCCUCUAAUCCUCUGCUCUCAUGACGAGAACUUCGCCUGGCUCAACCGCAAAGAUGAUGGCACUACAGCUGUUCGUCUCGCUAACCCAAAGACCGCUGAAUACCAAGUUGUUCGUACAUCUCUUCUUCCGGGUCUUCUUAAAACCAUCCGUGAAAACAAGAAACACAGUCUGCCCCUCAAAGUCUUCGAAGUAUCCGACGUCGCCUUUAAAGAUUUGAGCUUAGAGCGCAAAUCCCGAAAUGAGCGUCAUUUCGCAGCAGCAUGGUAUGGCAAAACGAGCGGUUUCGAAGUCGUGCACGGUUUGCUUGAUCGCAUCCUGCUUAUGUUGCAAACCGCUUUCCUUACACAUGAGGAGGGAUUAGAGGGCAAGAAAAUGGAUUUUUCGAUCAAGGAAAAUCCAACUAAGCCAGAUGGAUACUGGAUCGAGGAAAUCGACGAGCCAACUUUCUUUGCCGGUCAUGCAGCUGCGAUCUAUUUGCGUUUGGGAGGCAAGGAGGUGCGUGUGGGGGAGUUUGGUAUCUUGCAUCCUACCGUCCUUGAUAAAUUUGAAUUGAGAUAUCCCGUCAGCACUUUAGAGAUCAAUCUCGAAGUCUUUUUAUAA